AUGUUAAGAAACCGUCAACUUUCUCGGAUUUUAUGGCGACAAAUUGCGUUAAGCAAAACUGAUUAUGCAAGACCAUGCUCGGGUAUUCUGAGUCCGAAACCCAUAAAUUCAAGACAACAAUGUACUGCAACGAUAAAGGAGAGUUAUUUAAAGAAGUUUAUGAAUGCGGUAGGAUGGAUGGACCAGGACAGAACGCGCCUAAAGCUCACAGGAUAUGUGUUAUAUGAAAGUGUACCAGAUAAGGUUGCUUAUAAUGAAUGGUUUGAAAAACUUGAACUGCCGGACACAUUUGCAUCAUGGUUCAUAGUUACUGAGCUACAUGUAUGGAUGUUGUUAGUCCGUUAUAUGGCCGUGGAUAUCUCAACUGCGACUGGUAAAAAGAAGUAUGUGAAAGGCGAUGGAUACUUUGUAAGGAAUUGUAUUAUAGAAGCACAGUGGGCAGACGUCGGAAACAGGAUAAAAAUGCUAGAGGGUGCAAAUCCAGCUAUAGCUAAGAAGCAAGUAACGGAACUAUCGGAACAGUUCCAAGCUGCAUUAGUUGGUUACGAUGAAGGAUUGAGUGAUGAUAGAGUUCUAGCAGGAGCUAUAUGGAGAAGGUUCUACUCAAUGUCAGAUGAUGUUAAGGCAGAGAAUGUAGAAAAAAUUGUACAUUUUGUAAGACGUCAGUUAUCGGAAUUAGAUAAAAUUCCAAGCGAAUCAUUGAGGUGGAAACCUGAAUUGAAAUGGUUAAGUAUAUUAGAUCAUUAG